UAGGAUUUUUCGUUCUAUCAAAUAAAAUUCGGCCUGGAGAAGCUAUGAAGAAGCAUAGAAUAUGCAUGAUCUCAGACUUCUUCUACCCCAACAUGGGAGGAGUGGAGAACCACAUCUACCAGCUGUCACAGUGCCUCCUUGCACUGGGACACAAGGUAAUUGUGGUGACGCAUGCUUAUGGGGACAGGAUCGGUGUUCGCUACUUAUCCAGUUUUCUAAAGGUGUACUAUCUGCCGCUGCAGACAGUGUUGUAUGGUCAGGUGACCUUGCCCACCCUCAUCUCGGCCAUGCCCCUAUUGCGUGACAUCUUACUGAGAGAGGACAUAUCCAUCCUCCACGCUCACGGUGCGUUCAGUGCACUGGGUCAUGAGGGUAUUCUAGAUGCAGGGAUGAUGGGCCUCCACACUGUCUUCACUGACCACUCCUUAUUUGGGUUUGCCGAGGCUAGCUCUAUAGUAACCAACAAGUUCCUUGAGAUCAUUCUCACCGAUAUUGAUCAUGUGAUCUGCGUCUCUCACACAAGCAAAGAGAACACUGUCCUGAGAGCCUCGCUGCAUCCUCCCACUGUGUCGGUGAUACCGAAUGCUGUUGAUUCAAGUUGUUUCACUCCUGAUCCAACAAAAAGCCGUACAGACAGAGUGACUAUUGUGAUAGUGAGUCGGCUGGUGUAUCGUAAAGGCACUGACCUCCUGGCUGGAGUGAUUCCACUCAUCUGUGCCCACCAUCCUGACGUACAUUUCAUCAUAGGUAAGUGUAGUAAGUCAUGUGAUAAUCUCAUAGAUCAUGUGACACUGUCAGGUGGUGACGGGCCUAAGAGAGUGCUACUGGAGGAGGUGAGGGAGAAGCAUCAACUGCACGAUCGUGUGGAGUUACUCGGAGGUUUGGAGCACUCGCACGUCAGAGAUGUUCUUGUGAGAGGGGACAUUUUCCUCAACACUUCACUAACGGAGGCUUUCUGCAUCGCCAUUGUAGAGGCUGCUUGCUGUGGACUCCAGGUGGUGAGUACUAGAGUUGGUGGGGUUCCUGAGGUACUACCACCAGAGCUGCUCAGACUUGCCGAACCUAAUGUACCAGCGCUGGUGUCAACUUUGAACGAAGCUAUUGAGUCUCAUCGCCAUGGUGACAAUAUUACGAAGUUGGAUAUGCACGAGAGAGUUAAGGAUCUCUACACUUGGUCCAACGUGGCGUUGAGGACACUAAAGGUGUAUGAUCUCGUCUCAGCCAUUCCCACAAGAAAUUUUGCAGAAAGGAUACAAAAGUUUUACGCUCGAGAUCCACUGGCUGGUCUACUGUACGUGGUGGUGCUCACACUCAUCCAGAUGCUGUACCACAUACUCUGUUGGUGGAGACCAGCCAAGGAUAUCGAGAAAGCAAUGGAUUUGAACUUUUGCAAAACUAAAUUUAGCAGCCAUUCAUUAUGAUAUUCAUACCAUACGUUCCAAUCAUCAAAUUGUGUUUUGUA